CGAAACUGCAGACAUGGGAAGAAAAGUAAAGAACGCUCUUCUUUCCAUCUUUGGAUAUAAAUAAAAAGCUGGUCAUUAAGUGCAAACAGAGAGCACUUCAAGCUUACACUCAUUAAUACUCCUCCCAUACUCCCCACAGGUGCCGUGCAAUCAUUCUCUUCUCCUUUUACCCUUUUCUCAAAAGUCAAAACUUAUCUUCUCCUCCGCCAUCUCCGCCGCUGAUUCUGCCACCGUCACCGUCGACCUCUAUCUUGAACAAAGGAUUAUGGACGAAAAGGAUAUGUAUACAGAAGAUGGAACUGUUGAUAUUCACAAAAACCCUGCUAAUAAGAAGACAACCGGAAACUGGAAAGCUUGCCGCUUCAUCCUCGGUAACGAGUGCUGUGAAAGAUUGGCAUACUAUGGAAUGGGAACUAACCUCGUGAACUAUCUUGAAAGCCGUCUCAAUCAAGGCAACGCUACUGCUGCAAAUAACGUCACUAACUGGUCUGGAACAUGUUACAUAACUCCUUUGAUUGGUGCCUUUCUCGCUGAUGCUUAUCUUGGACGUUACUGGACUAUUGCAACUUUUGUUUUCAUCUAUGUCUCCGGUAUGACUCUUUUGACAUUAUCAGCUUCAGUUCCAGGACUUAAACCUGGCAACUGCAACGGCGACACGUGUCACCCGAACUCUGGCCAAACAGCUGUAUUCUUUGUUGCGCUUUACAUGAUAGCCCUUGGAACAGGAGGUAUAAAACCUUGUGUUUCCUCCUUUGGAGCUGAUCAGUUUGAUGAGAAUGACGAAGGUGAGAAGCUGAAGAAAAGCUCUUUCUUCAACUGGUUUUACUUCUCCAUCAACGUUGGAGCUCUUGUUGCUGCCACUGUUCUUGUCUGGAUUCAAAUGAACGUUGGUUGGGGAUGGGGUUUCGGUGUUCCGACAGUGGCUAUGGUUAUUGCUGUUGUGUUUUUCUUCUUGGGGAGUCGUUUUUACAGGCUUCAGAGACCUGGAGGGAGUCCACUCACAAGGAUCUUUCAGGUUAUAGUUGCUGCUUUUAGGAAGGUGAGUGUUAAGGUUCCAGAGGAUAAGUCUCUGCUCUUUGAGACUGCAGAUGAUGAGAGUAAUAUCACAGGUAGCAGGAAGCUUGAGCACACAGACAAUUUAAUGUUUUUCGACAAGGCAGCGGUUGAGAGUCCAUCAGACAGCAUCAAAGACGGUGCGGUGAAUCCAUGGAGACUCUGCUCAGUAACACAAGUGGAAGAACUCAAAUCCAUAAUCACUCUUCUUCCAGUAUGGGCCUCAGGGAUAGUCUUUGCCACAGUGUACAGCCAAAUGAACACAAUGUUUGUCUUACAAGGAAACACAAUGGACCAACACAUGGGGAAAAACUUCGAAAUCCCAUCAGCUUCCCUCUCGCUUUUCGACACGGUCAGUGUACUCUUCUGGACUCCUGUCUACGACAUGUUCAUAGUCCCGUUCGCUAGAAAGUUCACACGUCAAGAACGUGGCUUCACUCAGCUUCAACGUAUGGGAAUAGGUCUAGUGAUCUCAAUCUUUGCCAUGGUCACUGCUGGUGUCUUGGAGGUCGUGAGGCUCGACUACGUCAGAACCCACAACGCUUAUGAUGAUAAGAAGAUCCCCAUGUCGAUUUUCUGGCAGAUACCUCAGUAUUUACUUGUUGGGUGUGCUGAAGUUUUCACCUUUAUAGGUCAGCUUGAGUUUUUCUAUGACCAGGCUCCUGAUGCUAUGAGAAGUCUCUGCUCUGCUUUGUCUUUGACUACGGUUGCGCUUGGGAACUACUUGAGUACGGUUCUUGUAACGGUUGUGAUGAGAUUGACUAAGAAGAAUGGUAAACCGGGUUGGAUACCGGAUAACUUGAACCGGGGGCAUUUGGAUUACUUCUUCUACUUGUUGGCGGCUCUGAGUUUCAUUAACUUCUUGGUUUACCUUUGGAUCUCCAAACGCUACAAGUACAAGAAAGCUAUAGGUCGAGCACAUUGAAUGAAAGAAACUGGCUUCAAGUGUUGAGAUUCUUCACAGGGUUACAGUGUUGGUUUAGGUUUUGUUUGAUGUUACUUAAAGUAUUUGCUUGUAAUUUUUAAAAUGUAGAUAUAAGUGGUGUAGUUGUUGAUGAUUUGGGUUUGGGUUUGGGUUUGGUUUUGAUAAUUGUAUUUUGUGUGUUUAAUAAAUAAUAGGACACUUGUCUGUAAGAUGUUUAUUUGAUUAAAGAAAGAGUUCGAAACUUUGGGACA